GUACCUCCUGGAUUAUCAGAUAUAAAGAGUUGAUGAAGUUUGACAUAGAAUGGAAUAAUUUCAAAAUUUCUUCUUCUCGUGGACGUGUAUGAUGGGGUAGAGUGUUUGGUCGAGUUGACUUGACGAAAAUGACAGGGACGCCUGGCUAUAGUGGGCCUAGGCGACAAUGGAUUCUACUGGCGUGUAAAGUUAAUCUCGUCCUCAGUGCCACGUUUAUGCUUGUUUCAGCCCGGGAACGUUAUAAUUACAAUUCUCGGUAUCCCGUUCCCAACUUCCUGACGUCAGAGACCAACGUAACGUAUAUGGCGGGAGAUAAAGCUAUACUGGAGUGUGCGGUGGAAAACCUUGGAACACGGACGGUUGUAUGGCGAAAGCUGCCCUCGACGACGCCUCUAACGAUUGGUCGCUUCCUCUACAUAAGUAACGAUGCCAUCACAGUGGGGCACCAACCUGAUUCUUACCACUGGAAUCUUCACAUUCAUCCCGUGACAGCUGAAGACGAGGGCGAAUACGAGUGCCAAGUCUCCUCCUCAGAUAAAACCAUCCGCCAACGAGUCAACCUCACUGUUUUAGCACCAUGGGGGUCUAUUCCAUAUAAAAAAGACAAAGGCAGGAGUACGCCGGAUAUUCGAAUAUUUUCUCCUGAGCACGUGAACAAGGGUCACCCGAUACAGCUACACUGUAACGCGACUGGUGCGGAUACACAGCUGGACGAACUUGACUGGUUCAUCAACGGUCACAGGGUGAGCACUAAUUUCCAGAAGGGUGUGUACAUCGACAAGACAGUCUCUCUUGGUAGUAACACCAUAUCCAGUACGCUCCAUAUUGCCCAGGCCAGCAUGGACGACAUGGGCACCUACACGUGCAGGACAUCUGCCGCGCAGAUUAAAAGUACAAAGGUCACUGUUCUCAAUGACCUGUCUGAAAUACCAAAGGACAAGCGAGACAACCCCACCCAAUCCAUUCUACAGCCUGCAGCAAAGCCGGAGCCGUCAAACAGUCGAAAUGGAGGCCCUACAAUAUCAUUACAAAGACAUUUAGUGAUAUUAACCAUAGUUCUAUGGAUUUGGACGUAA